UUAUUGCAAAAGGCAAGUUACUGUAAAACUGGAAUCUUUCUUUAUUUCUCUGCCUUUCCCUAAUCUCUUUUCUUGUUUUUGCCUUUUUCACUUUUAACUUUUAUUGACUUCUUUGCGUUUGCUUGUUCAAUAAUUUCACUUGUCCUCUAUUAUUGAAGAAAUACUCAACCAGUUGAUGCCGGACGACAAGAAGAUGCUAUAUUUGCGCUUUGAUGAUAACAACUUGGAAUUCAGUUGUUUACUAGGCCUUUCUGUAUGGUUACCAACUAUUCUUCUAGUUUAUUGUGUGCUCAAGUUUCUUCUUCAGUUGGUAACUCAUCAUCCUCAAAAGUUAGAAAUAGUUGAGCACAAAAAAUCAGAUGCUUCUGAAGCUGAACAUCAGUUGGAUGAAGCAAAGAAAUACUCUGUUGUGUACAGAUUUAGGCUGAGGCAGGAAAAGAUCCAAAGAGAAAUAACAGGAGAAGAGGAAUCAGGAUCUAAAUUGAUUUCUAAGGAGGAGGAAAGUUGUGUGUCAAAAGGCCCUCCUCGUCUUCGUGAUGGUGAUCUUGUGCAUUUCAGCCACAGGCAUCCUUUGCUAAGAUUUCACCUUAAAGGAACAGAAGUUAUUAGAUGCAACAUGUGUACUAUUAUAAUUUCUGGGGUAUCUUAUGGUUGUGAUCGUUGUCAUUACUUUCUCCAUGAGGUAUGCUCUAACAUUCCUAAAAGAAUUCGACAUGAUUUUCAUCCUAUGCAUUCACUCACCCUUCUUCCUAUCGCUCUUUGGAAUUCGAAAGUGGAAAAAAGUGAAUUCUGUUGUGUGGCAUGUGGAUAUGACAACUCUUGUCCUCACCAUUCAUUGUUUUCAUUUUACUAUCAUUGUGACUCGUGUAAAUUUGAUCUUCAUCUUGAAUGUGCUACUGUGACUACGACGUUGAACCAUAAGGUAAAAUACCCUCUUGAUCUCUUCACUUGUUUUCCAUUACAAAGUGAAGGUGCAGCCCUGUUAUGUUGUAUUUGUAACCAAGUUAUGAAUAGGCAAUCCGCUUGGCUUUUCUACAAUCGCGAGUUUGAUUACAUAUGCCAUUACGAGUGUGCUGCUGAAGAAGAACUUGGAGUUAUAGGAGAUCAAAGUUUUCUAUCUCAAGUACAGAAAUCCUUGCUUCUCCAAAAAUGUUGUCCUGGAAAACAAUCCAAACUCGGAGAAGUUACACACUUUAGCCACAGACAUCCAUUGAAAGCAAUCAAACAAACGAAUGAGGCAUCAAUCACGGGUUGCAGCAUAUGUUCAAGCCAGGCUUUGUCCGGUUACAUUUGCCAGCUAUGCAAUUACUUCAUCGACGAGACUUGUUUCCUUUUUCCGCGAAAGAUACAACACCAUUUUCACCCAAAUCACCCUCUUAUACUCGGUAGCUAUACCAAUCAUCCACAGUUCAAAUGUUCAGCUUGUACUCAAGAAAAAGGUGCAGCAUACCGUUGCUCUACUUGUAAAUUCAGUCUCCAUCGUAGUUGUGCUGGUGCUCCCAUGACAUUAACCCUUGGCACAAACAAGAAACUUUCUUAUAAGCUCCUCUAUUCGUAUCCAUAUGACGGUGAGAUGGCACUUAUCAAAUGUGCGCUUAAUAAAGAAACUAACUCUUAUGAUACUAAGCUUUGUUUAGCUUCUGAGAGAUUGAGAUGUAUAAAAAUAGAGGAAGACCACUAUUAGUAGUAUGUGAAAUGUAUUAAAAUAGAGGAAGACCACUAUUAGUAGCAUGUACUGUUAUUUCAUUUUCUAUAAACAAGAAUAUGAUUUAUAACAACAUCUGUUUAAUUAUUUU